AUAGAACAGAGUAUGUACAGUCCAGCUCGUUUCAGUCAGGCUUCACCGAUACAGCAUAAUGGAGCCUUAUCAAAACCAAAGAGGCACAAAACAACAUCCGGACGCAGGGAGCGGUAUCAAGUUCCCAGACAACACACCAGGAGCAUCUGGAAGUGAGCCCACACCUGAGAAUCCCGACAGAGAUGCACCUGACGGCAGCGGCAACCCGCCAGCGACAGACAGGCAGCCACAGUACUCAGGUGGAUUCACCGUGAUCCCGCCGAAUGAGUCCCGGCGAAACAACAUCAGAAUGAUUGCUCAGAAAGAAGAGGAGGCUCUUCAGAGAUGGAGAGAGGAAAACAAACCUCCCCCUGUGCACGUGAAAGAGAGGCUGGGUGGUAAUGCAACAUUGGCUGCAGCCAGGGACAGGCAGCUUGCAGAAUUACGUAGUGCCAAACUGCAGAAGAAGCUGAAAAAGGAAGAGUUUGACAGGAGGAAAAGACAAGAAGAAGAGGAGGAGUUACAGAAGAUGAAAGAUGAACAGAGGGAGAAGGCCGAGCGCCUGCAGAAGAAGAGGCAACAGGAGGAGCAGAGGAGGAGGGAGCAGUUAAGUCAGGAUCACACCAGGAGGACUGAGAAGUUUUUGCAGAGAUUUGAGAGUACGGACCCACGUCCGCUGGCAUCCAGCAGUGCCACACUCACGUCAUCUAGGAGUGAAGCUGUGGAGAGUAAACAGGAGUCAACAAGUGGGAGAGACGUACAGCUGGAACACAGGAGGGUGAACUCGGCCUUCCUCGACAAACUCGAAGGUCGAGGCAGCGAGAAAGAGACAAAGGAGGAAGCCGUUUGGGAGGUAGAGCGUCCCUUCAUGUCCACAAAUGAAGACACCCCUAGAAACCAACUCCCCGUGGUUCACCUGAACCCAGACCCAGAACAGGGCUACUAUGACUGGACAGACGAAGCCGGGCCGGAGCCUGACGUUGACUGGGCCUUGAUGAGACUGAUGAGCAGCUAUCCAGACUUCAGCAAAGUCUUCCUAGAGGACAUCCUCGACCAGUGCAACAGCGAUUAUGAUCAGGCCUACACACUGCUCGACUGCACACUGAAUUAAGUUUGAUUUAUCUUUAAUGAGGUCUGCCUUUACCUAAAUAAUGCGUUUGACAUUUAAGGAGUUGGGCCAGGUGAAAAUGUAUAACCAGUGUUCAUGAUGAUACAGAACAUAAGUAAUUUAUAUCUGGUGUUUGAGAAAUGCAAAUGCUGACUCCACAGCUGCAUUAAAUAUAUACCUACAGAGUGGUAUGUGCUUUGUGUAAUCUGUUUUAGAUUAUGCUAUAAAUCAUGGGUGUCAUGCAUCUGUUUGCUUGCACUCGUGAGUCAUUUUCACCCUGACACGGAGCUGAAUUGAUGUUUGUUUCCACCAGUUUACUUGAAGGUCAUCGCCAUGACUCACAAUCUUCAGAUCAUAUUUGGGGCUCUUAAUUAAAUCAGUGUGUGUAGACGGAAGAAAUCUCUACCCAAAUACAAGAUGCUUUUUUGUUUGUCUCAUAAUCAAACUUGCAUGCGAUGUAUCUAUAGCAGGAUUCUUCAGGAUACAAC